UAUAUUUCCGGUAAAGACCUUCAAUGUCGGCAGCAGUAUCAACAUUUCCUUUCGGCUUCAUGAAUAUGGAUGUUACGCUUGCUGCAGACGUCACAUCGGGUCACAUGUGUCGUGAGGUUGCGUGAUUUUUAGCGUCGUCAGGGAUCGAGUUAACGAUAAUUUUUUACCGGUGUUGUGUCACGUUUAAAAAGCUCCGUGUAGCAGCUAACGUUAGCUAAUGCUAGCUGAAUAGCGGCUCAUAGAAACACCGUCAUGGCGGAGAGCGAUGUGCUGUCUGAGAUCGAGGUGCUGCAGUCGAUCUAUGUGGAUGAGCUGCUGGUCAACAGGAGACAAGACGGGGACUGGGAGGUGAGCCUUGUCCUGUACCCGUCCACAGCCGAGGACUCCGUCUCCCAGUUUGUCCGACUCACCCUGACUCUGACCCUCGAUCAGCAGUACCCCUCGUCUUCUCCAGCCAUCUCCAUUCAUAACCCUCGGGGUCUUUCUGAUGACAAGAUCAGCAGCGUCCAGAAGUGUCUUCAGUUGGAGGCUCAGUCCUGUCUGGGUUCACCUGUGUUGUAUCAGCUCAUUGAGAAAGCGAAAGAAAUCCUGACUGAAAGUAAUAUUCCUCAUGGAAACUGUGUCAUCUGCCUCUACGGCUUCAAGGAGGAAGAGACCUUCUCCAAGACGAGCUGCUACCACUACUUCCACUCCCACUGCCUCGGCCGCUACGCCAGCCACUCGGAGAGGGAGCUCCGCCUGAGGGAGAAGGAGUUAGAGGAGGACAAGACCAGAGACCGAGCCGACCGCCAGGAGCUGACCGUGGUGUGUCCGGUGUGUCGAGAGCCUCUGACCUACGAUGUGGAUCAGCUGCUGUGCUCUCCGGCCCCUCAGCUGCCGGAGCUGGACGAAGCGGCGAUCGGCUCAAAGUUCCAACAGAAGUGGCGUGAACUGCAGAAGCUUCUGGAACGACAGAAGUCUAAAGGGGGCAUCAUCGACCCAGAGGUGGAGUCAAACCGGUUCCUCAUCCACACCAACGAGACUCCACCUGCUGCUGGAAACCUGGACGCCGACACCUCUCCUGGAACCCGGGAACCCUCCGCCUCUCAUGUUCCCUCCUGUGAAGCUGGAGUCAGAGCGGACCAGUUUGGUUCUGGACUGUCCCACUGCAGAGGAGGUCCGGGCCAGAGGCGUCAGAACCAGGCGAGGGGGCCGAGGAGAGGAGGCCGGUCCAGACCACAGCACCGGAGAGCCGCCCCCCCCAUCACGGAGCACCUGGACAAACUGUCUCUGUCCUCAGGCUGCACUGAAGGACCAAUAAGAGCCAAAGCUCAGGGGAACCAGAUGCAACAAGUGAAUGCAGAGUUGUGUCAGCCUAAGACGGGCAGGGCCGUCUAUGCAGAGCAGCAGGAGAGCCUGGUGUCUCCAGACGGUCAGACCGAAUGUCCAAAAGAUGCUGCAGGCGGUCGGGGCCACCGUGGAAGGAGAAGAGGUCCUCACCGAGCUGACUCGGACACCAUGGCCCGUGGGCGCUAUCACUGGGACGGGCGUGCUUCCAAAAGCAGAGGAGGGGGGCCCGGUAACCCGUACAGCAGAGGAGGGGGGCCCCACUGGAGCCACGACGGGGGCUUCCAACACAAGGUGGUGGAGAGGAGGGGAGAGGAGGUGCUAUGACGAAGGGCAACAGGAGGGCCAAUGAACAAAUGUGUGUGUGCCUUCAGGAUCAGUCUGCGUAGAUUACAGCUCUGCACCAGAAUCAACAUCCUCUGUAACGUCUGCUGCUCUUCAUCAUCUUCAUCAUCGCUGUCCUGGUCUCUGCUGGGCUCUCUCAUGCAGACUCAUAUUACACACAGAUGGCUGUUGCUUUGUGUUGAGGUGCAAUAUGACCUGAAAGAACUACAAAUUAAAUUAUCUGUCUUUGUCAGUGUGUUACAGUAUUCCCUGUUUUUUGUUUUUUACUAAGGCAAA